UGCGACAUCGAAAUGACCCUGGCACUUUCGUUGGUCCACUCUCUCGAGAAGUCCUCGCUGGACUGCUAGCUAGGGCUAAUUCAAUGCCUGUGAACUCUGUUUUGAGUUUCCCAAAUACCAUCAUCUCGACGAAGGAUGAAUGCUGCUCGAGAACCUAGCCAAGGCCGCAGAGCAACAGUGGGAACUACUUCGAGCAGGAAAUACUCCCCUCCGAGCUUUCUUACACAUUCUACUUGGCCGGUUACAAAGACUCCAUCAGGGAAAGGACUAUUUCCAAAUGGGUGUCGAGUGCCGCAGUGCCCGAAUAAGAACUGCAAGCUCACCAGUCAUCGCCUCUACGACCACACAGCGCUGCGGCGCGUGGCGAACAGAUUGGUGGUGAAGCGCGUCGAGUCGCCAGAGGCUCCGAUCGGCCGAGAAGGAGUUGAUGGGAUAGGCCAGCUGCCUAUCGACGGUGAAUUGGACUCUCAGUUUCGGGCGUUGUUCCAUCAUUUCUUCGAUUCGGUGUUUGACAGACUGGCCGACAUAUUUCGAGGGCCUCUGCUUGUACCGGGUUACAAGACACGCAUGUUAGGUGUCGCGAUGUCAAAUCAGGCCUAUUGCAUGGGACUUAUUACCCAGGCUCAUACCGAUAUGGCGCUUUCGAGAGGCGCUUUUCAUGAGACACGAGAUUCCCUCGGAUUGUACACGAAACUCAUCGGAAUAUUCCGCACACAGCUCGCCGCAAGCACCGGUCAAAGUCGGCCUGACCCACUGCACAUCGAGCUCGCUCUGCUCGUCCUGUGCAUUCUGCUUUCAUACAACGUGACACGAGGGCGAAUCAGUGAGCUACGCAUGAACUGGGCCGCUCUGCAACACCUCGUCAGUCUAAGAGGUGGUGUCCAUUAUCUCACCGUGUCACUCGCAUAUGUUGUACACGUUGACCGGUUGUGUGCUACUACGUCUGGCGUUUUACCGACUUAUAUGAGUUCGGGAGGCCGUCUACGACUCUUCAAUCGUCCUCCGUGGUCGAAAUAUAGCCCGGGAUUUUCCAAGCUUGAGACGUCGCCCACGCUGGCUGUGGAUAUUCCGGUACGGGAACAAUGCCUAAGUACAUGCGAAUUGCUCGCCUUGUAUGACGCUUUUCACUCUCCAAAAGGGAAAAAUCGACACACCGUUUUAUCACCUCCACCUAGUCCGGAGUAUCUGUACUAUCUCCGCGACCAAGUGGAUGAGCAGUUUGCCAUCCUCUAUGCAAGUACUCUGAGGCAAGACACGCCUUCGAGGUGUAUCUUGCUGGCAACCAGGAUUGUCGAAUAUCCCGUGACGUGGGCCAAUUAUGUGCCCACAAUGACCAUGGACUUGUGCGGCGAGCUACGUGGUAUGUUACGCCGGCAGGACCUGUUUGAGUGCUGGUCGGAUUCGUUGGACGUCCUAAGCUGGAUUCUCUUCGUUAUGCUGGCAAGCCCAUGGCCUUUUCAGGGGAGAGCAUGGGCUGUCGUUCAUCUACGCGGUAUUAUAGGGGCAAGAUAUGGGGCUGCGGCCUGGCCAGAAGAAUGGAGGGCCGAGGAGCUCGGGAACUUGACGGCUUAUGCCUGGAAUGAGAGACAUUAUUCCUCAAGGCUUGAACAAGUCUUCACAGAGCUAGAGAUGGGCGGCUUAGCCAGUGCGUCAAGAAGAGAAGCGAUCAUGGCGCAUGAUACGAUUACUACUUCGAUCAAGGCCGAACCUUGAUAGUUAUAUUCAUAGAUCUAUCCAGAGAUUUGAACAUAUCUCCAAGGGCGAGGCCAUCAUCACGAGAUGAAAAGACUGACAUAGAACUCCACAGUGUUAUGAUGCCGAGACAUUCCCAUUGACAUUCCCGCCGCAUCCGUGCCUUUUUUUACGUUCCCCCACAUUUUUCAUCUUGCGGCAAUUAAAGUCCCCAUUGACUAAAGGAAUGACACGCGU